AAUUUCCUCCCCUCCAUCCCGUUGCACCCCAUACCGGAGCCGCGGCCGUGGCUGCUGCCGGCGGCUACGGAAAUUGCCGAGGGAUUGCGGUCGGAUAAUCGAAUGGCAUUAACAGGUACACUUUUUCGGUGGUCACCGUGAAUGGUAGUUGGAUGUCCACUCGCAGUACCAGAUCUCGGCCUGCCUUAUUCCCUAAAGAAUUCAUCAAUCGAGGUGACUUUGAUAUUUCAUCAUAGCUGAAUGAUUUCUCCAAGAAACUGAAAAUUUAUACUACUUCAUGAAAGAACAUCAUAUUCUGGAAUUUGCCAUCUUACCAUUCCAGUGGUAUAAUGUGGCAGCUAAUAUGCAUUCUGUUUCAUCCAGAUUGUGGUUUUCAGAAGUAUUCCCUAUACUGACAACUGGUAUCUAUUCUAACACUUGGCAAAGUUUGCCUUCUUUAACCCAUUCCAUUUUAUUCCUUUUUUUAUAUGUAUAUUUACACAUCACUGCUGCAUAAAGAAAAGUUUCUUAAUGAGCUGCAACUGGUGGCAUCUAUUUAUUUAUUUAUUUAAUCCUUUCAUUGAAAAUUCUGUGAGCACACUUUCAUUUUUGUCAAAAUGUAAAACUUCCCACUCAUGCUGUCCAUCUGUAUAUUUUCAAGUGGUUUUCCACCCAUCUCACAUUCACCAACAAUCAAAUUAUACCAACAGCUUUAUUGUCAACUCUGAGAGUAACUUUCCAAAAUGAUGACCGAAUGUAAAUACUGCAAGAAAACCUUCAAUCAUUCUGGUCAUCUAACACGUCACAUUCGCACUCAUACUCGGGAGAAACCUUAUGAGUGCAGCUAUUGUAAGAAGAGAUUCUCUGACUCCAGUACUCUCACUGUUCACACGCGUAUUCACACCGGUGAGAGACCUUUCUGUUGUAAAUUCUGCAAAAAAACUUUCUCUCGCUCUGACAGCUUGCGUGUACAUGUACGCACUCACACAGGAGAAAAGAAAUUUGAGUGCUGUCACUGUCGCAAGACCUUUUCUCGAUCGGGUAAUCUGACCGUCCAUAUGCGAACACAUUCAACAGUGCCCAAUGGGGACACUUGUAACAGUAUCCACAACAGUGGCAGAGAAUGCAGUGGUUGUAGUAAAUCAUUCAAUCAACCUCAAGAUUUAAAUUGCCACAUAAAAACACAACAUCACCAUCAUCGCGAUGCUGAUAAUUCUCUUUUCCCAGCCCUUUGCAAAACAGAAACUGUUGAUGUUUAUUCCAAACCGUCCUGUUGCAGUACUAGCUACCAGCAACAUCCAUACCAGUCUUCAAGUGGCAGCCUCUGCUGUAAACGUGUCUCUUCAAGUAAUUUAUCAAUGAGUUAUGAUCAGUGUAACAAUGGAAGCAAGUUGAAUGGUUACCUUGGCAACCAGUCUACUGAAAAGUCAUGUGGUGUGGUUACAAACCAAAGUAUGGACAUGAAGCCAGAACUACCUGUAUCUGUUGCUAAUCAUCACAGUAACCUUCAUUGUAAUAUGCCAACCUCAUCAGGACACUAUACACAGCUGUUGCUGCAAAAUGAAAACAAAACAUUUGAUUGCAACAACUUUGACAAAUCUCUUUCUCGAACAUGUCAACUACAACGGCAUUUUCAAAGAUCGCUGGAGGGUAUUGACACUUUUGUGUCAACGUCGUCAGCAUGUGACAAUCAAAACGUUGUUUACAUGAAUACAGGUUUGCAUGGACAUACAGCAGAAAAGACUACUCAAUGUGGACUCUGUGAGAAGUCUGUAAUACACAUGUGCCAUCUGAAUGGUGAUAAUUAUUGCAUCCCUUUUUCAAAUUCUUAUAACAGUUUGACAAAUGUUACCAACAUCCCAACAAUGUCCAUGUGUUCUACUUCUGACAUCAACCGGAACCAAGCUUGUACCUACAUUAACCAUCCACCUCUUUCUUCGCAACAGACAUUUGAUUGUGAACGCUGCAAGAAUUCAAGUCACACAAAUAGUUUAACUGAAUCCAAACCUCCAAGUUUAAAUAGUCAGAUUUACAUUAAACCUGACUUAACUUCCAAUUCUGGUACUGAUCAUGUCCAUAGUUCUUGUGCAUUAAUUAAUAAUAAAACACAUAAUGGAGAAUUUAAGUAUGGAUGUGAAAAUUGUAAAACUUCAAAUAACAUAAAAGAUGAAAAAAGUUCUCCUGGUAUGAUAAGUUCUUUUAAUGGACAAAAUGAAAAUUUGAAGAAAUCUCAAAAUAUUUCUUUAAGUAGCACCAAAAAUCAAUCUUGUUCAUACGGUGGCAACAACAAAUUGCACAACAAAGAUCAACUGUAUGGAUGUAAACAGUGUGAUGUGUCCUGUAAAGAUGGCCAUGGAUUUGGUCAUGAAGCUGAUACAAAACCUUGUCUACCUUUAUCUGUGAGCUAUAAUAAUCAACAUGAACUUGAUGUCAAACCAAAUCUAUCCAUCUGUCCAUCUCUUGAGCCAAACAUCCAACCCAACCCAUAUUAUAAUAAUAUAAGAAAUCACACAGCUGAUAAACAAUUUGGUUACAUGAAAUCAUUUGCUCCUAAUACGCUGGAUAUAAAAACUGAUCCAACAGGUUCAAAUUCAUUCUUUGGCUUUCUACAAUCCCUCCCUGAUACUAAUCUCUUUGAAUGUGAUAAUAAUGGAGACCAGUCAUUUAUGCAGUUUAAUGGUUUUCUCAGUACACAAAAUACUUCUCAAAAGUCUUGUUUGUUAUCGUCAAGAACUUCCAACAACUCUGAAAUAGUAGAUAUUAAACCUAAUUUAUCUUCUAUUCAUGACCAUUAUCACCAAGCUCUCACACAUUUUGGUCAAGGGGAUACAUUUGCCAAAUCAGAUUUCUCUUCAUGUUUUAUUAAUAACCAACCCUCACUGGAGUCUAGUUUUUAUGACCCUGCUGGUGCUGCCAGUGUUGGAAUCACCAACACUGGUACAGGUGUUUCUGCUGGUUCUGGAAUGUCUAUAAAACCUGAACCAUUUUUCUGUUCCUCCAGUGAAACUCAGUCACAACCAUUCUCAUAUCAUAACUUUGAUCAAGCAGACAUUAAACCAGACUUGUCGUUGUUAUGGUUCUAAAUGUCAAAUUUAUGGAAGAACAAUACAGAUUUAGGAGAGAAAAAACUCCUAGUCUGGUUCUAGUCUUACCUGCCAAAGAACAUUUGUUGUUGUUUAUCUGGUGUAAUUUUUCUUUUUUGUUUGUUACUUGUGUAUUGUAUAAAUGUUUUUUUUUUUUUGUUUUUUGCUUCAAAAUCUCCAUUAAAAACUGGCCAAAGGUUUUGAUACAAAACCAACUUUGACUCAGUCAACUAAGUUCGGAAUUAUAUGAUUCUUCAAGAAAAUCCAACCAGUGUCUAUAUAGUAUAAAUUAAUCAAGUAAAAUGACCAGUUCCUACUCACUUUUACUGAAUAUACCUCACAUAAAGCUACAAUCAUAUCCUAAAGCAAUCAGCAAUUUAAUGAAGCCAUUUGUCCUUAUUUAUCAUAAACUUUUAAGAUUAUUUUUGCUACUUGGGGUUAUUUAUAUAAUACUUCUGUGAAUUCCCACAACCAUUCUGAAAAACCAAAGAGCUUCAUACAAAAAUUACCAGAAUUAUUGAAGUAAAUGUUUAUAAUUUACUGGAGGUUAGUUGGUAAUUCCCAUUUGGUGUUAAGUUUAAGAUUUUAGAAAUCUUGCUAGAGGGCAGUGUUAAUGGUGAGUAAAGAAGUCAUUCAUAUACAUACACACUUUUUAUUUUAUACAUUUCCAUUAUUUAUGAAUUUCACUCAUGAAACAAUAACUCCUUAGGGGCCUUAAUAUGGAUGCCAACUUACAGUUUAAAUUAUUAGACUGUUUAGGAUGAAUUUGCAACACUUCAGUAUUACCUCACUGAUUCAUUAUUAUUUGAAAGAUUUUGAAAUUUCUCUUACAAAUAUACUGCAAUUAAAAAUUCAAAACUGAUUUUCAUUUCUUUUUCUCCGCCACUGGCUGGAAUUAGUAGAUUCUGAUGGCUCUAUUAAACUCAGCUUUUGUCAAGUAUUCCCAUCAAUAUAUUCUGCAGCUAUUUUCAGGUGUCAUUUUUUUUACAUACUUCCUUUGGUUAGGAUUGAAUUAGAAAAAUCUUCUGAUGUAACUCCUGGAUUUAGUCUAAACUUUUUUCAUAAGAAAUGGCUGUACCUGUUUUAAUGGUAUAUCAAUUUAUUUCAAUAAAGGCAGCCACAGAGCUGGCUUUAACUAACAGUCAACCUGUCAUCAAAUACCUUGAUUAUCAGGUAUGUGUCUUAUGUCUAGUAUUAAAAAAGUUUAAAAAUUCACAAUCGUUUGAAACAUGUCCAGAUCUGUGUGAAAAUAGGGGAAUAUGUCUAAGUUUAUUUUAAAGGAAGUAAUGUAAUCUGUGUAACAAAAUAUCGACUAAUAAACUUUUGAAAAUGUCUAUAAAAUAAAAUUAGAUUUCUAAAUUCUCAUUCAAUUCCAGUUCCUAGUCAUGUGCCUGAUAUAUUUCUCACUCCACUGUUUUAGGAUCUUUAAAGCUUAAAUUUUUGGGGCCUCCAGCAAGCUCGGGUAUGAUAUGUAUUUAAUACUUUGAUUUCAUUGAAAUGAUGUAAGUGGGAUGACCUUCCAAAAAACUUUGUGUUUCAUUGAAUGGAUAAGAAAUGUGUUUUGAUUUAGUUUAUGAUGGUAUUGACCUCAACACUACAAAUUGUAAAGCACUCAUUAGUUUUUAAUUUUGUGCUUUUAUUGCUUGCUGUGGAAAGUCAUUCCUACUUUGUGGUAUCUGUUAUCAACUAGUUACGCUGGGCUAAACACAAACCCAGUGAUAUUAGCAGGCUCUUGUCCAGCUGUCUGGUAUUCUAUCAGCUUGGUCCUCUAUGCUCUCAUUUCAUAUAUGUCAGCUGCUUAAAAUAUUGUUAGCAUAUAAAGCGGUCAUGGGCCACCUGCGGUUUGCAGACCGCAUGCAGCCCACAGGAGUUUCCUAGUAGUGCAGCCCACCUGAUGGUUAGUCAUGUCUCAUGUGGCCCGCUUCUUGAAAAAGGUUGCCCAUGUCUGUUAUAAAGACUUGUGGGAAACUAACCAACAAUAAAUUUUAGAAUUGAAAUAUUCUGAUCCUGAAAAACAGAAAAGAUAAUGUUGGCUGGUUGUAUAGUUAAUAUAUACUAUUCUAAGAUUAAUUGUUUCUUCUCUUUCACAACCUGAUGCCUUAAUUACUAAAUGAUCCCAGUUUCAAUUAACUACAUUUAAAAAUUAGAUUAGUAAUGAGAAUUGGGUGGGGAGUAUUCGUUAGUUAUUUCUACUCAAGCUUUUCAAAUGAGAUGUAGUUGCAAUGAGAGAAUGACCGCAAAGGAGAAUACCAUCAUUUAGUAUCAUCCUUUUACAGUU